GUAGGCGAAAAGAGAUGAAGAGAAAGUUCAAAAACUCUGAAAACAGAGAACCGCUGAAGAUAGCAAACCACAGGAGAGAGAAGGGAGAGAAAUAUAUACAUAAUUGAGAUACAGAAAUGGCUGGGGUUAUGCCUCAGCAGUUCACGGUGCCAUUUCCGGUUCCGGUUCCGGCACCAACCACCACUACUAGUAAUCCGAAUCCACACGACGCGUCCUCCUUGAACUUACUUCGUGUUGCAAUGGUGAUGGAGCGGUUCAAAGUAUGCUUGCAGGACGCAACAAACUUCAACCCGGCUGAGUUCUGCGGUCUCUGUCUUUACUUAGCAAGAGGUAUUGAUUAUGCAGUUGCCAACAGCGAGAUUUCACCCAGAGCCUCUGAAAUGCCUAUACUGUUUAAACAAGUGUACCAACAUAAAAGUGACAACAGCCUUCAAGCAGCAAUAAUGUUGCUGAUGAUAUCCGUCAAGGGCGCUUGUAAAAGUGGAUGGUUUACGGUCAGGGAUGCAGAUGAACUUCUUAAGCUCACAAAUGAGCUAGGAAGCCUCUUUUAUAGUACUGAGAGUAUCCAACCUGAAUCAAGCAAUGCUUCUCUUAUGAUUUCCAAAAUUAUGUCCAGAUACUAUCCGCAAAUGAAGAUGGGCCACAUUCUUGCUUCUCUUGAAAUCAAGCCUGGCUAUGGGGCUUAUGGAACUGAUUUUGAUAUCCCAAAGAAAUUGAUGACUGAGCAUGAGAAACUACACUUAUUUGUAGCUCGAAUGGAUAACACGGAGACAUCUUCUUGCAUCGUUAGUCCUCCUCUAGUAAACUUUCUGUUGAAUGGAAGAGGUGUUGACGGAAGAACUAAUAUGUCAAUGGACAAUGGACCUCAGUUUCCAACAAAUGUUACUUCAAUGCUUAGAUAUGGAACAAACUUGCUACAAGCUAUUGGGCCUUUCGAUGGCGAUUAUUUUGUGGCAGUAGUGGUCAUGAGUGUAAUGUCAUCCUCAGAGGUUCCAGUAUUGCAAGAUUAUGCCAGACCUCUUAUAGCUGCACAUAAUUCAGACACGGAUAUAAUUGAGGGGUCAUCACGAAUAUCAAUCAACUGCCCGAUAAGCUUAAAGCACAUUAAAACUCCAGUUAAAGGACACCUUUGCAAACAUCACCAGUGUUUUGAUUAUGACAACUUUGUUGAGAUAAACUUAAGACGGCCAUCUUGGCGCUGUCCUCAAUGUAGUCAAUCUGUUUGCUACACUGAUAUACGGAUCGAUCAGUUCAUGGCAAAGGUCCUGAGAGAAGUAGGAGACGGUGUCACUGAAGUUAUCAUCUCAACAGAUGGAUCUUUUCAACCUGUCAGUGAAAACAGGUGCCAGCAAGAUAUGUCAGAGGAGUCUGAAUCUUCUAAGGGUGCGGGUAAUAUUGUGGACCUUACAACAGGAGUAAUGGACACUAUGGAUCCUCGGGAUACUUGGGACAUGGAAGAUAGAAAACCUGCCCCAGAGAUUCUUCAAAGUUUUGCACUUACUUCCACGAAUGCGACUCCACCUUUGGAAGUUAACGGUACUCAUCAGGUUCAGGACACUGCGCCUCCAGUAGGUGAUAUCUGGGCGGGAAUUCUCUCAGCCUGUUCUAACUCUUUUGGAAUGUCUACUGGUGUGUCUGAUCCUCCUGCCGAUUCUAUGAUGUCAAAUGUUCCAAGAGAUAUUGUUGCUCUAACGCUUGAUCAACUAAGUGGGGUUUCCCGUGGUGGAUCGUCUCGAGAUAGCAGUGUAUCUAUGUGUCAAGAUCAAUUUUCAACACCAACUAGUACACGGUUUCAACCUUCUCCAAUUGGAAAUCCAGCUGUCCAGGCUGGUGUUGGGUCAGCAUUAACCAGAAAUGUUGCUAGAAUACAGAUAGCAGGUGGAAAUGUCACAGAAAUGCAACAACAGUUUAGUGCUAGGUCUUCUAUGAAUCAUCCCCAAUAUUCUGGUACGGCUUCAACUGCAAUGCAGCCUCAUUUGCUCAGACAGGACUCAUCCCAGAAUAAUAUAAACGUUCCGAGCUUCUCAUCCCAGCAAAUUGUUGGCCUUCCUGCAACCACCCAAGUACCAAAUUCUCAUCACCUACAUAAUUCGAACAUCAGAGUUUCACAAUCCACACAACUUCCUAACAUGUAUAUGGGACCAUUUACUUCUCAUUUUACAAAUCAACAGGUUCCGCUAUCCACAUCACAGCCUCCAAUUAUUGGAACUCCUAAUAAUUUCUUACAGCGUCAACAGUCCGCAUACCAAAGUUUCCCUCGAUCCACAACACCACCAUUUAGCACAAUGGUACCAUCCUCUCAUAUCCCUCAACCCAACAUUCGACGAGGUUUACAAGGCAGUAACAGCCAACGCGUGUUGGAAAGCUCACCGAGCAUUCAAUCUCGUCUUGCUGUUGCUGCUCAACAAGCUUCCAGCAUGGCAAGAGUACCACCAGUUACACCGGUUCAAUUGGGACCAGCUAGAAUGGAUUCAAAUGUUGGUGAGCAAUGUACAAGAGGGACCGCAGCAGGAGUGGUGCAAUCUGUCUCCAGAACAGAAGACUUGGUGGAGUUCUUACAAGAGCAAGGCCACCCCAUGAGACGAAUGAGGGGAAGUUUGGCUGGUCGGGUUUUUCCCGCCCAGUACGUUAUACAGCCAACUCAAGGAGUUCAACCUGCCAGACCACCACCACCUAUCCUAGCAGCUCAAUCUGCAGUUCAUCAACCGCUGAAUUAUGUCGAAUGACAGAAGAUAGGGCAUUGGCAUUAUCCCUUUAACUAUGUUCCAAAUAGAGUAGAGUUAAAUUGCCUAACGUAGAGUAGAAGUAGGUAUAAUCUUUUUUUGUCUGUAGAUAGUAGGUUAAAUUAUAAAUCCCUCCUUUUUUGUAGAGUUAAUUAUAGUUGUUUUGCGAAUAGGUUUCAGAUUGAGGGGCUCUUGUUGUAUAAAGUGAACUUUUGUUGAUGGUAAAGGUGACCCAAGUUCUUUUAAACCUAGGGUAAUUAAGGUGACUGGUUCAUCCUAGUUUCCAGUCUGCAUUUUCUGGUUAUAGAUUGUGCUUAGGUAAUUGUGAGAGCCUAAAUGAUGAAUAGGUAUUAUCAAACACUGCUGGUUGUUUAGGUUGGUAGGAAUUUAAUCUAGCCCGAUUAUAUAUAAAAAAAAUAAUAUUUAGAAACCAAAAUCGUAAAGUUUUGAUUAUAACCCCAGCAAUUGUAUAUUGGGGAAAAUAAUCGUUUGGUCCUUUUUAGGUGGGUCCAUGUCUGUUUAGUCCUUUGGGAAAAUAUCUUUACUGUUUGGUCCAUAAUUAUUUAAAAAUAUUAAAUGGACAAAAGUAU